UUUGCUCCCCUGGGUUUUACGGACAUCGCUGCAGCCAGACGUGCCCCCAGUGUGUACACAGCAGUGGUCCCUGCCACCACAUCACUGGCUUAUGUGACUGCUUACCUGGAUUCACAGGAGCCCUCUGCAAUGAAGUAUGUCCCAGUGGCAGAUUUGGCAAGAACUGCAUUGGAAUAUGCACCUGCACCAAUAAUGGGACAUGUAACCCUAUUGAUAGAUCCUGUCAGUGUUACCCUGGCUGGAUUGGCAGUGACUGCUCCCAGCCUUGCCCACCCUCCCACUGGGGACCAAACUGCAUUCACACAUGCAACUGCCACAACGGAGCUUACUGCAGCGCCUACGACGGGGAAUGCAAGUGUACCCCAGGAUGGACUGGCCUUUACUGCACACAGAGAUGUCCCCUGGGGUUUUUCGGGAAGGACUGUGCAUUAAUAUGCCAAUGCCAGAACGGAGCUGACUGUGACCACAUCAGUGGGCAGUGCACCUGCCGCACAGGGUUCAUGGGGAAGCACUGUGAGCAGAAGUGCCCCCAGGGUACCUAUGGGUAUGGCUGUCGGCAGAUCUGUGACUGUCUGAACAACUCAACCUGCGACCACAUCACGGGCACAUGCUACUGCAGCCCAGGCUGGAAAGGGGCCAGGUGUGAUCAAGCUGGUGUAAUUAUAGUGGGAAACCUGAACAGUCUGAGCCGUACCAGUACUGCUAUCCCUGCUGACUCCUACCAGAUAGGGGCUAUAGCAGGCAUCAUCAUUCUUGUCCUGGUUGUGCUUUUCCUGCUAGUGCUGUUCAUCAUCUACAGACAGAAGCAGAAAGGAAAAGAAACAAAUAUGCCCACAGUGACCUACACCCCUGCUAUGAGGGUCAUGAAUACAGAUUACACCAUUUCAGAAACCAUCCCUCACAGUAAUGGUGGAAAUGCCAACAGUCACUAUUUCUCCAAUCCUAGUUAUCAUACUCUAACUCAGUGCACUACCCCACCUCACGUCAACAACAUGGACAGACUGACCUUGGCAAAGACAAAAAACAAUCAGCUGUUCAUGAACCUUAAAAAUGUGGAACCUGGAAAGCGAGGCACUGUCAUGGACUACACAGGAACACUGCCAGCAGACUGGAAACACGGUGGCUACCUCAAUGAGCUCGGUGCUUUCGGACUCGAUAGGGGAUAUUUGGGAAAGUCCCUGAAAGAUCUAGUGAAGAACUCAGAAUACAAUUUGAGUAAUUGCUCACUAAGCAGUUCUGAGAACCCUUAUGCAACUAUAAAAGACCCACCAGCUCUUGUACCAAAAAGCUCAGAGUGUGGAUACGUGGAAAUGAAGUCACCCGCGCGCAGGGACUCCCCAUACGCUGAGAUCGCCGGCUCUGCUGCAGCCAACAAGAACGUGUACGAAGUUGAGCCUACGGUGAGUGUUGUCCAGGGAGCCUUCAGCAGCAGUGGACGUUUCAGCCAGGAUCCUUACGACCUCCCAAAAAACAGCCAUAUUCCAUGUCAUUAUGACUUGCUACCAGUCCGAGAUAGCCCCACAUCCUCCACAAAGGAGGUCAACAGUGAAUGA